AUGUCGCCCAUCCCCGUCAAAAUGCCGCUCAACCGCGAUGCUUCAACGCGACUGAACAUCACCGUCGUCGGAGCAGGCCUGGGUGGUGUUGGUGCCGCAAUCGCGCUCCUUCUGGCCGGGCACCAUGUCACGAUCUUCGAGGCCGCUUCUGAAAUCGGCGAAGUUGGCGCAGGAAUCCAAGUCCUGCCCAAUUCCUCAAGGGUACUUCAGUCGUGGGGUAUGAGAGAGCGCCUGGAAGAAUUCGCCACGAAACCCUCGCGCGUCAACAUGCUCGGCUGGAAAGGCAAUUUGAUUUCGUACAUGGAUACGAAUGAAAGCGCCAGUGCAUAUCCAGGAACAUUUUACUGGGAUUUCCACCGAGCAAAUCUGCAUCGGUGCUUGUUGGAUCGGGCUGUGGAAUUAGGUGUUAAGAUCAAAGUCCGAUCGAGGGUCGUAGAUGUACGAAUCGCGAGUGACGAGGCUGAGACUGCCACGGUGGUUCUACAGACCGGGGAAGAGUAUGUGACAGACCUCGUAGUGGGCGCCGAUGGGAUCAAUUCACAGCUCCGCGAAAUAUUCCUGGGAAGACCUGAUCCGCCCACACCGACAGGGGACCUGGCCUACCGCCUCCUGUUAUCAACUGCAGAAAUGCUCAAAGAUCCCGAACUAGCACCUUUUGUCAACGAACCGCAGGUGAAUUAUUGGCUUGGACCGGAUGCUCAUGCCGUAAACUACGUCUUGCGUGGCGGGAAGUUGUUCAAUAUGGUUCUCCUUGUUCCGGAUGACAUGCCCGUCGGUGGCGCAAACACAUUGGAAGGCAACGUGGAGGAAAUGCGAGCUAUGUAUAAAGACUGGGACCCUCGAAUACCCAAACUUCUGGCCCUGUGCGAAAGUGUAUACAAAUGGAGACUCCAGGUAAGGGUGGGCAUGGACCGCUGGAGUCAUCCUUCUGGUACAUUCACAAUGCUCGGAGACGCCGUGCAUGCAACAUUACCUUAUCUCGCUUCAGGGGCCGGAAUGUGUCUCGAAGACGCCGCGGUGUUGGGUGAAGUAUUCUCCCGAGCACCUAACCCCAAGAUCCCAGAAGUCAAGAAGCAAUUGCUUGAUAUCUAUGAGAGAUGUCGAAAGUUGAGGACCGAGUCCGUGGUGGAAAGAGGAAAUGUGCAGCAAUACCUAUACCAUUUGCACGACGGGCCGGAACAAGUAGAGAGAGAUCGGAAGAUGGCUGCAAAGGAGGAAGGAGAAGCUUUGGCUUGGAGAGAUUCAGGACUUGCUCCGAGACUAUUGGGUUAUCAGGUUGAGAAAGAUGUAAGUGAGAGCAUGAGCUCGGAUUGUUGA